CAGAUGGACGAAGAAUCUGGUGAAAGAAAGCAUGCGAAGGAUGCACUUCUAUUAUGGUGUCAAAGGAAAACAGCUGGUUAUGCAAAUUCUAAAAUUGAAAAUUUCACCACUUCAUGGCGUAAUGGUUUAGCAUUUAAUGCAUUGAUUCAUGCUCAUCGGCCAGAUUUGAUCAAUUACGAAAGUUUGUCACCGCAAGAUGCGAUUGGAAAUUUAAAUAAUGCUUUUGAUGUAGCAGAGAAAAAACUGGAUAUUGCACGUUUGUUAGAUGCUGAAGAUGUUAUUGUUGCUCAUCCGGAUGAAAAAUCCAUUAUCACAUAUGUUUCGCUUUAUUAUCAUCAUUUUGCAAAGCAAAAAACAGAAAUGACUGGUGCAAGACGAGUUGCCAAGAUUGUUGGCAGCCUAAUGUCUUCUGAUCAACUUCAAGAAGAUUAUGAAGCACUAUGUUCGGAAUUGCUUCUUUGGAUACAGCAAACUAUCGCGAUGCUGAACGAUCGAAAAUUUCCGAAUUCGUUGAAAGGAAUUCAGGAUGAAUUAUUAGCAUUUAAAAACUAUCGUACUGUAGAAAAACCACCAAAAUACAAAGAGAAAGGAGAGUUGGAAGCUUUGUUUUUCACAAUACAAACAAAGAGAAAAGCUAUGGGAAGGAAACCAUAUGUUCCACCUGCAGGAUUAUUUAUGCAUGAUAUUGAAUCAUCUUGGGCACUCUUGGAUCAUUCUGAAAACGAUAGACAACUGGCACUUAUGAUGGAAUUGCGGAGGCAGGAAAGAUUAGAACUUAUGGCGCAGAAAUUUGAACGCAAAGCAGGAUUACGAGAUGCGUGGUUGCGUGAGAUGAGUUCCGUCUUGCAAGAUUUUGAUUUGGCUAGAAAUAUUGCUCAGGUUGAAGCUUCAUUAAAAAAACAACAAGCUAUUGCUGCCGAUAUCCUACCCAGGGAAAAUCGGUUUAAAUCGCUAUCGUUUAUGGCUGCGGAGCUGUCGAAGGAAAAUUAUCAUGACAGUGAUAAAAUUCGGAUACGUGAACGUGAGCUUUUAGAUAAAUGGUCGCAGCUGUUAGCAGCUUUAGAAGCACGACGUCGUGCGCUUUUAUCAUUAAGUGAUCUGAUGGGUUUACUUCGAGAUAUAGAUACAUUAUCAUCGGAGAUACGUGUAUUAGAGCCUCAGUUUCGAAGUCGAGAUGUUGGAAAACAUUUAUUAGGAGUGGAAGAUUUGCUUGGCAAACAAGAGAUUCUCGAAGCGCAACUCAAUUCACAGGGAGAAUUGUUGAAAAAUGUGACAUCGCAAGCAUUGGACUAUAUUCGAGGAAAAGGGGAACAAUAUGAUGUGUUGCAAAGGAAGUUAGAUGAUGUGAGCGGCCUUUAUGAAAGUGUUGUACAAUUAUGUCAACAGCGCAGGAUAACAUUAUAUCGUGCUCGUGAUUUGUAUCGUUUUAUCCAAGAUGAUGAAGAAGAAAUGAGUUGGUUACAGGAGAAAGAAGAUUUAUGUAUUUCACUUCUCAAAAAUAGGGAUCUUUCAGCUACCGCCCAACUAAGGCGUAUUUUUAAGAAUUUGGAAACCGAAAUGGAAGGACAUUGGCAGAGAGCAAAAGGAGUAAUUGCAGCUGGUGAACGACUGGUGGCAACAGGUCAAAAUAAAGAGGAUAUUCAAACAAGAAUAUAUAAUUUACAUGCAAAAUGGGAGCAGCUGAGAAAAGUGGUUGAAGCGGUUGGAAGGUGGCUUCGUGAAGCUGAACAGGCUCACCAAUAUUUCCAGGAUGCAAAUGAAGCAGAAAGUUGGAUCCGUGAGAAAAUGCCGCUUGCCAAAAGUAGUGAUUAUGGGCGUGAUGAACAAGCAUCAGAAAGUCUAUUAUCAAGGCAUUUACGUUUGGAAGAAGAAAUUCAAGCUUAUCGAGCUGAUAUAAUAAGACUGGAAGAGAUGGCAAGAGAGCUAGCAAAUACAGAAUUCAUUGCGGGUGCUGUUGUGCGUAUCGAAGAAGAUACGGAAGAACUUAUUGUACCUCAAGUGAAAAUGUUAUACGCUUAUUCUGGAAAUAAUAUUGAAGUUAAAAAAGAUGAAGUAUUAGCACUAAUCGAAAAAUCAAACAACGAUUGGUGGCGCAUUCUGAAACAAGAUGGAAUCGAAGGUUAUGUACCUGCAAAUUAUUGUAAAGUUGUGGAAGGUGAAACAGUAACGGUUGCACAAACAAUAACCACUCGUAAGACAGAACGUGAAUCACAGGGUUCCCGAAAUGCCAUCAUGGAACGUCAAGAAGCCAUAAGCGCUGGUUAUCGGAAUUUGAAUAAUUUAGCUGAGGAGCGUCGGCGACUUCUCAAUGAUGUGAUUAAGUUGUACAAAUUCUUACGUGAAUGUGAUCAAUUUGAAACUUGGACAAGAGAGACAGAAGCAGCCCUUGCUGAAAGCGCUACUUCAGAUAAUGUUAAGGCUUCGCGGAAAAAAUUUAAUAAACUCGAAAAUGAAAUCAGCGCGAAUGGUGAAAUGCAGAUAAAACGAAUUAAUGAUGUUGCGGAAGAAUUAGUUAAUGAAGGUCAUAGCCAUAGUGAUGAAAUUCGACGACGUCAGAAUGCAGCGAAUUUGCUUUGGAAUAAAAUACGGGAUCUUUUGAAGAUAAAACAACGUCAACUUGAAGCGGCCGAAAGAGUUGCAGCAUUUAAUGAAACAUGUGAAGAUGCACGAUCAUGGAUGCAAGAUAAAUUUGAUUUACUUGAACAUAAAGUUGAUAUGAAUGAUCCAAAAGCUGUUCAAGCAAUACAAAAACGUUAUCAAAAUUUGGGAAAGGAUCUUAAACCGCUAGAGGAGAAGAUUCGUUUCUUGCAGAAGCUUGCAGAUGAGGUAAAAAAAGAACAUCCCGAAGAAGCUGCUAGAAUUGAGCAGAUGAUUAAGGAAUUAGUUAAAAUGCAUGAUGAGCUGCAGCAAAAAUCAGCUGCACGUAUUGAAGAAGCCGAACAGAGCCAAGGGCAUCAGAUGUUCGAUGGUGCUGUGAAAAAUUUGCAAACAUGGAUUGACAAAACAAAAUUAUCUCUUGUUGAUAAUACUCGGCCAGUAGAUGUUUCAUCAGCUGAAGAACUAUUGAAGAAGCAUUAUGAGCUUAACGAUGAUAUAAGUGGCAAGAAAUACGAAUUCGAUUAUGUGCGGGAUCUUGGACAACGCUUGCUGCAAAAAAAUCCUGCACUUAACGAUGUGAGGGGAAGUUUGAAAAAAUUAGACACCGAACAGCAGACGCUCAAUGCUUUAUGGAAAGAAAAGGAGCGAUGGCUGAAAGAACUUUUAAAUUUGCAGCUAUUAAACACGGAAGCAGAAAGAAUUGAUGCGGCAACAAAAGGGCAUGAAGCAUUUUUGGAACUUUCCAACCUUGGGGAUUCGGUAGAAACAGCAGAAAACUUAUUAAAGCGUCAUUCGGAUUUCGAAGCAAAACUUCGAGCUCAAGAAGAUCGGUUGAAAGUUUUUGCAAAAGGUGCCGAGCAGCUAAUCCAAGCAAAACACAGUGAAGCAGAUUUCAUUAAAAAGCGCCGUGAUGAUGUUUUGGCUCGUCGAUCAUUAGUUCAUCAAGCAGCAGCAAAACGACGUGCACAGCUAGAAGCAUCACUUCAGUAUCAGAAUUUACGCCGAAAUAUUCAAGAGUUAUCUCAAUGGAUAGCGGAAAAAAGAAAGAUUGCAAAUGACGAUUCUUAUCGGGACACACCAUCUAUUACUAUGAAAUUACUGAAACAUAAAGCAUUUGAGGCGGAACUGAAAGCAAAUGCUGCACGUUUAGACGAGCUAAAUGCGGAAGGAAAUGCGCUUAUAGCAGCGCAUCACUAUGAAUCAAAAUCCAUUGGGAGAUUGUUAGACGGUGUAAAUGUGGAAUGGUCUGAGCUUUUGCGUGCAGCAAAUGUUAAGGGCGAAUGCUUGAGACAAGCGGAAGACCAAAAAGGAUUGAAUAGCGCUCUAGAUGAUGCGCAUUUGAAGUUAGACGAAAUACAAGCAUCUUUGAAUUCGAAAGAUUUAGGAUCUGAUUUACGUGGCGUAAAGGAGCUCAUUCAUAAACAUGUUGUUGUGGAAAAUGAAAUGGCUGUUUUCGAGAAAAGAGCUCUUGAAAUGACGGAAAAAGCAAAUGCUAUGAUACAACAGGGACACUUCGAUUCUGCCACUAU